UGCUCCUUUCAUGUUUAUUUCUGCUCCGGAGCUCAGCUGUUCCGCUACCUCUCAAUACGCGGUUGAUCCUCUUUUAGAGAAGAAGCCUCAUCUAAUAAGGUAUUGUGAUAACAAAUGGUGUGCAAAUGCGCGUGACGCAUCCUUCAUAUUGAAAUAUAGAUUGUCAUAGUCAUUUACAGAAGAAGACUGCUGUAAAAUUCAUUUGAUCGGUUGGCGAUCGGCUUCAUUCAUUUGGUUUUCCUGAAUCAGACAAGUGUUGACCAACUUCAGAAAUAAGCAACGGCUUUAAAGGCACUCGGUUAAAUCAGUGUUCAUGCCGGAUUUGGAGCAUUUCAGAUUUUCUUACUCCAGAAUGAAUCCUGUGUUGGGGGAGAACGUGUAUUCGUUCCAGCAGAACCAGGUGACGGGUUUAUCGGACUCCGCGUCUUCGGGCCAUUGGACAGAUGGUGCGUAUGGCGCACCUGAACCGGGCCUGUUCUUGGGUGAACACACGGGUGGUAUCGGGCAAGACGGGGUGUUUGGGUUGGACCCAGGUGCAUUACCUCCAUCAGGAACACCGUAUUUACACCUGGGAAAUUAUCUUUACCGGGUGUCUCCACCUCCUCCUGCCGCCAUGGCCCUGCGCAACGACCUGGGGUCUAAUAUAAGCGUCCUCAAGACUCUGAACUUGCGUUUUCGCUGCUUUUUAGCCAAAGUGCACGAACUGGAACGCCGAAAUAAAGUGUUGGAAAAGCAAUUGCAACUGGCUCUCUUUGACAGGGAGGAGUGUGCGCAAAACAAGCCUUUAACUCGAGAUGUCGGGGUUCAAACGUCAAAUUUAGUUGGAUUAAUUCCUAUGAAGCCAGACGUAAUCCCUAUUCAGAACUCAAAUGAUAUGACUGGAGGUUUGCUGUCACCUAUUUUCAGUAGCACCAUCCUGUCUCCGGAGUUCAAUAACAAAACAACAUUAGAAAACCUGAACCCCUCCAGUUAUACGGACUCCAAUUUUAAUCUCACCCCAAAUUUCCCCACCAGUCCGUCAUCACCCAUUGAUCCAGUGCAAAAAAACAUCAGCAAUAUUAAUGGGAAAUAUGUCAACACUGGGACAAGCUGUACCAACAACCCUCCACCCAGAUUUCAUCCCGGGUCAAUCUGGACUUAUAAUAACUUUCAGAGGUUCGGUACCGGGCGUGAGUUGUGGCUGGCGGGUCCGGGUGUGUCAUCAUGGGUGCCUCCGGACGGAGUGGGUGUGCAGGUCGACACCAUCACCCCAGAGAUUCGGGCCCUGUACAAUGUGCUCGCUAAAGUUAAGAGGGAGAGAGACGAAUACAAACGAAGGUGGGAAGAAGAAUACACGAUGAGGGUGGAUCUACAGGAAAAAGUUGCUGAGCUUGAGGAGGACCUCCAGGAGAGCGAGGUGUGUCAGGAUGAGCUUGCUCUGAGGGUUAAGCAGCUUAAAGCAGAUCUUGUUCUUUUCAAAGGUCUCAUGAGCAAUAAUCACUCAGAUCUGGACAGUAAGAUCCAAGAGAAGGCCAUGAAAGUGGACAUGGAUAUCUGUCGCAGGAUUGACAUCACAGCCCGUCUGUGUGACGUGGCCCAGCAGCGGAACUGUGAAGAUAUGAUUCAAAUCUUCCAGCAAGUGGCCACACCUCCCUCAACCUUGACUCUCCGUCCUCGAAAACCAGCUGCACAGACAAUCAGAGGAAAUGAGAGCGAUGAUCCAGUGAGCAUCUCAGAAAGUGAGGAGAGCGUGAAUAAGGAGGCGGAGCUGUGUUGCUCAUCCACCAAUCAGAUCAAUGAGGAAAUGCAGAGGAUGCUCAACCAGUUACGUGAGUCUGAGUUUGAAGAUGACUGUGACAGCCUUGCAUGGGAGGAGACUGAGGAAACGCUGUUACUCUGGGAAGAUUUUCCGGGAUACACCUUUAGUGUUGAGAACCAAGGAGAGGUACAUCCCCCUUUAAAGCAAGAGGAAUCCAUAGAGAAGGUGAUAAAGGACACAGAGUCCCUUUUCAUGUCCCGCGAGAAGGAAUAUCAAGAAACCAUUGACCAAAUAGAGUUGGAGCUGGCAACGGCGAAGUCAGAUAUGAACAGGCAUUUGCACGAGUAUAUGGAGAUGUGUAGCAUGAAAAGAGGCCUGGAUGUGCAGAUGGAAACGUGCAGACGAUUAAUCACUCAAAGUGGAGACAGAAAAUCCCCUGUCCACGUUCCGGCCGCCAUGGAGGAUGGAGAGAAUUCAGAGAAUGACAGAAAAAAUACAUCUGCUGCAAAUCCUGAACCAUAUUAUAACCUGCAGUCAAAUUCUGCUGUCCAGGACCAAACAUGGAAAAAGUCUUAAGAGCCUCUUUUUGUCUUUCUAGUACCACAAUAGACCACCAGAGUGAUAUGACUGCAGAAAACCUCAACAGUAAACGGGUUAAUGUUACCUGAAAGGCAAGUCAUCUUGUUUGGUUUCAAUAGCGCCCUCUAUUGGAAUACACCAAAAAUAUACUUCAAAAAGAUGUGCUAUACAGUACGUACUAUGUAGGCAUGUCAUUACAAUUUCAACAAAACUUGAGGGCUGUUCACAUUUCUAAGUAAUUUCUAGGUAAUUUUAUCAACACUUGUUUUUAACUGCUCUUGUUUCUAACCUUGGAUACUUAAAAACAAGAGUAAGUUAUUAGUAAAUGAAUAAGCACUUAUGCAGUUUAUGCAUCAGUUAACAAUAAUGCCAACCAUGAUAAUUGAUAUUUUAUGAUAUUUAUAUUCAUAGUCAAAAUGCAUCUGUGAACAGAAUUAUUUUGCGCGCAGCAGCUGAACCAAUUAACACUUGAGCGGGGAAUUAACAUGAAGAGUGAGGCUAAGUUGCAGGUGUCUAAUUUUUCUGUUCAUUGAAUCUGUGUUGAAAUGUGUUGUGUAUAAACUGACUGCAUUGGAUUUCGGUUAACUAGUUUUUUGAGUUGUCAAUCUCUGUUCAUAGACUCAAUAGCUAUUCAGAUGCGUAAGUCAAAUGCUUCUGCUAAAGUAAAUAUCAUUAGAUUGACUUUGAGAAGGCCAGGGAUCCAUGAACAGUUCAGAAUGGUGAUUGCUAAUGUGCAUUUGGCUUAAUAGAAGCUUAUUAUGAGUUUGCUUAUUCAAAAUGUUUCAGCAAACAUACAAACCUGUUUUGUACUUUACAGCGUUAUUUAACAUAAACAUUGUUAAGGAAAAACACAACUGUAAACAAAGUUGCAGGUGCCCGAGAGGUUUCAAAAAUCUAGAUGUUGUGUGACAGGCUUUAAAAGUCUUCUGUAAUCUGUAUUGAUACUUGAAUACUUUUCUGAAGAGUUUAAUAGCUCACAUCUGCAACAUCAAUAAUAUUUAAAGCUCAAUGUCGGUCUGCUUAAAACUCAUAGAUCUCAUAAACAACAACAGUUAAUACAUGUAGAUAUAUUCUCAUAACUCAUUGAACUAAUAGAGCUUCUGUAAUAAUUCCAUAUAGUAUCUUAAGUAAACUAGUAAAUUACCACGUCAAUUCAUACAACAAUGUACUUCAUUUCAUUAACAUGAAUGUAAGUGAACGGCAGUGUGCAAGACUUCAUUUGGUUGCAAACUAAACUCAUGGGCUUAUACCAUGUAUAGUCUCAGUUUGUAAUGUCUGGUGUUAAAUGAAUUAGGUUAACAGCUGAUUAAAGAUGAAAAAAGGAUAUUUAUAUGAGUCCGAGUGCUCGACAGUAUGUGAAUGUGAGAAUUACAAUACAAAUACUUAAAGGGAUAGUUCACCCCAAAAUCAACAUUCUGUCAUUAUUUACUCAUUCUCAAGUUGUUCCAAGCCUGUAUCAAUUUCUUUGUACUGUUGAACACAAAAGGAAGAUAUUUGAAAGAAUGUUAGCAAUUUUCAGUUCUGGGACAUCAUUCACUACCAUAGUAGAAAAAAAUAUUGCAUAUUUCUUUGUUCUGUUGAACAUAUGAAGAAUUUAGGAAAGCAAACAGUUCUGGGGGAACUUUGACUACCAUUUUAAUUUUUCUGCCUAUGGUAGUCAAUGGUGAACCAGAACUGAAAAUUGCUAACAUUCUUCCAAAUAUCUUUCUUCAUCAGCACAAAGAAAUUUAUACAGGUUUGGAAUAAAUUGAGGGUGAGUAAAUGAUGACAGAAUUGAGAUUUUUGGGUAAAACUGUCCCUUUAAACAAAUUGUUAUGAAUAUUGACCGCAUUGACAGCGUUCGCAAUGGACUUCUAAAUGGUGUGGAUGGAUUGAGGAAUGUUGUUGUGCAUUAUUCCUUGCCGUUCCAAACAAUUGUUGGGUUUCGUCCUGAUAAAAGAUUAAACUUUGUAUGAAUGAAGUUCAUGAAAGGUUGUGUGCUGCUGAUAAUUGCUGAGAAAGACAAACUGAAAAUAAAGUAUUUUCAUCAAGACGUUCUCAUGUAUUGAUCUUUGCGUGGAGUGCAUUGCUUGCUCUCUGUUGAGAUUUUUAUAUCAUAUAAUUUUUAUGACCCCAUAUAAAAAUAAGUGAAUAAGAGGAACUGGUAACCUGCAAACAAGCUGAAAAUAGUUGAUCAUCAAUGCCUAAAACAAAUCAAGCCUAAAAUAACCCCCCAUGCCGGAAAAACAUGUCAAUAUUCCACACACAUACUAUAGCUGAUAUAUACACAGUAACCAACCAUUGGUAGCCUAUAACCUUCAGAAGUACAUGUGCAUAUUUGAACCAACCUCUUGUGCAAAAUUUGUGCAAGUUACCAAAAUCCUCAAGUAACUGAU